GCUGGUUCACGCAAUGUGUACUGGCCGCUUCAACACUAAAGGACCACAGUGAGAGUGAUUUUCAAUAUCAAGAAACCCUUUCCAUCUUCCCUUCUUCUUCACUCCAGUUUUCACCAUCGUUACCUCUUGGUCAGGUUGGCACAGAUGGAAACCUCCAACACAUACAGCUUUGACCGAGACCUCUGCACCAUCUGUACAAAACUCGACACCAUCUCUCAGACUAACCAGCAGAUGCUGGAGCAGAUUCAUCUGGACGAAGUGAGCAAGAGUUACAGAAAACAUGAAGAAUACAUCCAACGCCAGCACGCCGCUUUCACUGAAAUGGAAGAGCAUGUCAGGAACGACCCUGAACGCUCGCAGGUCCACGCAGGAAACUUCCAGAGGGUGUUCGAGGGCAAUAAGAGUGACCUCGGUCUGGAUGCCUUGUACAAGGGUGUAACCGGGCGGGGUUUGGUUUUCAGCAGACCGAUACUGGACGUAUACUUCCAGCACUGCGGAGGAAAGAGAGGGGUCAUGGAGGCCAGAUGCUCCCAUCUCAUUCAUCUCUUCCAAAUUGGUCUUCUGGCGCUGAUGACGUAUACGACCGUCACAGAGGAUGAUGAAGAUCAGGUGAAGGAGAAAUGGGCUGGCAGGCUGGCAGGGAUACAGGCCAAGAUGGAGGACAUGUUGAGACGGUGCAACUAGAACUAACACCAAAGCACCUCCUUUAUGUUGGGUCGACUGUAGACUUUACUUUCUCUUUUUACAAAUGUGAGGACUAACUGACAUUAUAUUGGUGGUUUUUUGGUGUCAGUGAUUUUUAGCCAACAAGUCAGAGGUUGUUGUUGUUGUUUGACAUUUUCUUAUGUGGGCCAAACAGAGGCACAAUUGUAUUAGUGCUCAGGUUUUUGU